GACGGAAGGAAGUGGCAGAGGGAGCGCGACAGGUUCACGAACUAGUGCUUGUACUUCGGCAUUGGGUGUGCGAUGCACAGUAUUGCUAUCAUGGUUUUUAUCUGUUGCAGGUUUCCGCUCUCGCAGCCCCAGCGUCUAUCUCACGGCUGCUUGGGCUCAACCUUGAAAGACUAGCAUGGUUGCUGGACCCACCUCCAGCCUCGCGAUUGCCAUAUCUGUGCUGGCAGGGGUGGGAUUCCAACCCGGCCAACUGGAUCGGCGGCCGCGACUGUUUCGGUCGUUUGGCGGCUGCGGGUGUAAGGUGGGACGCGCCAGAGGCCGUGACAUGUUUUUCCGAGCGUGGUUCAAAAGCCCUCGUGUCCGGCCCUGACCCGGAGUUCUUCCACGUCUGCGGCGAGGGCGUGGCGACUACGGGUUGAGGUACCGUCCGUGCUAUUGUGGUGUGUUGGUGCCGUGGCCUUGGCGGGCAUCCUGUUCGCCGUCUGGAGGGCCUGCGUUUCGCGGGCUAGCAAGGCUCGCAAGCGUUUGCCUUUGUGAGAAGCUUGACUCCAGCUGAGACCAUGACACGGCUCGGCGCAACGACGAGGUCCGAGCCAGUGGCGUAGCCGGCCCCUGGCACACGUGGCGUGGCUACCUUGGCUGAUGAUCCAGGCUGGACGCAUGAACGAAUCAUUUUGUGGCCAGUCGGAGGUCCAGAGUCCGACGAGGUAUUCGUGUUCACUCCUGAACAUCAUUUCUAUAUCGAUACUUUCUCCGACUGCGCGCCGAGUGCAGUCCUGACGGGUCGGAAAGGGUUGCCCCGUGGCGCGUCGCAGGUGGUGGCUCUCAACCGCGACCUGGAUCCCGAAGAGAUGCUGGAGUUGAUCAAGCCCGCCCGCGGCGAGGCGGUCAACCUCAUGGGCGGCGACAGUCCGGAUCCAGGCGUGGCAGAGGCCGUGGAGUGGCGCGGCCAGCGGCUGCUUGUGCCAGCAUGGCCUGGACAAGGAUUCGGGCGGCAGCUGAUCCCCGAUAGAGUACGCGACGGGCGAGGAGAUUGGCAGCUGGUGCGAGAAUCGGUUGGCGGCGGCGGACAAGUUGCGGCCGCCUCGUGGGCGGGUACCUGGGCUCGGCGAGCGGCUUUUCGGUGAGGAUGCUGAUGGCGUGGGAGGCACGCUUGUCCCUCUCGGUGGUGGCGACGCUCCGGCGCUGGGUCACUCCGGCGACGGCGCAGGCGACGACCUCAGGACCUGUUGGAUCGGUGUUGGCGAGACGGUUCAAAGAGUGGCGACGGGUUGUGCAUGAGAGCACGCAGGAGGUCUUCGCCGACGCGGCCAUUCGCGGCCAGCCAUCAUGUCUGGAGGUGUGUAUGGAGAUGUGCCGCCACGGUGGCGCUCCCGAGACUUGUUUCCAGGAUUGGCGCAAUGAAAGUGGCACCAACCGCAAGGAUAGUGUGUGCCACGAGGUGUAGACCUUGAUCGAGUGCCUGCACCUUGCGGGGACGCACGACCAGGUGAACGCGGGGGCCCUCGCGUCGCUGGAGGUGGUCGCUGAGGCCUGCGCCUUCGGCGCCGACCAGGCCAACUGGGGGACCGCGAAUCACCUGUCGGGCACCAGCAACCCGCUCGACCUGGUGCCAGAGGCGCUGCGGAGCUGCGCGAGUCGGCCGUCCAAGGAGCAGCACGAACUCGAGGCGCCGCGGUCGCGGGCGCGGCGACCCGGCCCCAGGCCCGCGGAUGGGUGGUGGGCGGCCGCCGCCGCGGCGAGCGCUGGAGGGUUGCCGAAUGCUGGGGCCGCUGCUGGCGAUGAAGAAAAUGACGCUGGCAGCGUCGCCGGCUGCGGAGCUGGGGACGGGCGAGGUCGAGUUGGGCAGGGCGCGGGCGCCGCCGCGGGCCGGGCGAUUCGCCGCGCAAGCAUACGCACGAGAGCCGCA